GCGGCCCAACCGGGCGGUGGCAGAUGCGCCCGGCAGUGGCAGCCACCGGCAGCACACAGGUGACCCAGUCUGCGGAGCAGCCUAGUCAGGGGGCGCCCAGGGAGAUCUGGCUAGAGAGCGAGGCCAGAUCCGCCCCCAACGCGCGUGUCUCGGCGCCAGGAGCCGUCCCGGGGCGUGUUGGCGAGCACUGAUAUAGAUAUAAGGACAUUUCUCUCCAUGGCGUCACGUGACAUAAUUACCACCAGAAUCAAUCAAGAUGAAUUGCACGUCAGCGCCCGGUGGGGAUUUUUGCUUAGUUGAUCCUGGCCCAAGCCUCUUGUGCAAUCAAUGGCUCAGGUUGGCGGCGCGGGGAGCGGCCCGGGGCUCGCCGGUGCGCACGCCGCGGAGCCAUGAAUGACUUUGACGAGUGCGGCCCGAGCGCAGCCAGCAUGUACCUGCCCGGCUGCGCCUACUAUGUGGCCCCGUCGGACUUCGCCAGCAAGCCAUCGUUUCUGUCGCAACCGUCGUCCUGCCAGAUGACUUUCCCCUACUCUUCCAACCUAGCGCCGCACGUCCAGCCCGUGCGCGAGGUGGCCUUCCGCGACUACAGCUUGGAGCGCGCCAAGUGGCCGUACCGCGGCGGCGGCGGCGGCGCUGGGGGCGGUGGCGGCGGGGGCGGCCCCGGCGGGGGCGGCGGUGGCGGCGGCGGCGCGGGGGGCUACGCUCCCUACUACGCGGCUGCGGCGGCAGCGGCGGCGGCGGCGGCGGCGGCGGAGGAGGCGGCCAUGCAGCGGGAGCUGCUCCCGCCCGCGGGCCGCCGGCCGGACGUGCUCUUCAAGGCGCCGGAGCCGGUGUGCGCCGCGCCCGGGCCGCCCCACGGCCCUUCGGGUGCCGCCUCCAACUUCUACAGCGCCGUGGGCCGCAACGGCAUCCUGCCGCAGGGCUUCGACCAAUUCUACGAGGCCGCGCCCGGGCCCCCGUUCGCCGGGCCGCAGCCCCCGCCGCCGCCCGCGCAGCCGCAACCCGAGGGUGCUGCCGACAAGGGAGACCCCAAGACCGGGGCAGGUGGCGGUGGGGACAGUCCCUGCGCCAAGGCGACCCCCGCCUCGGAGCCGAAGGGGGCGGCAGAAGGCGGCGGGCGUGACGGCGAGGGGCCCCCGGGGGAGGCGGGGGCUGAGAAGAGCGGCACAGUGGCCCCCCAGCGGUCCCGGAAAAAGCGCUGUCCCUACACCAAGUACCAGAUCCGAGAACUGGAACGCGAGUUUUUCUUUAACGUGUACAUAAACAAAGAGAAAAGACUCCAACUCUCUCGGAUGCUCAACCUUACUGACCGGCAAGUCAAAAUCUGGUUCCAGAAUCGCAGGAUGAAGGAAAAGAAACUGAACAGAGACCGUCUGCAGUAUUUCACUGGAAAUCCCUUAUUUUGA